AUGGCCGACGAGGGUUUCGAUGCGCGGAAGGCGGCGGUGCUGGCGGCGCUGGCGUCGGUGGAGCGCGACAAGUCGCUCAAGGGCGGCCUGGAUGCGCCGAUCGCGGAUCUGGUGGCGGAAAUCAACGGCCACGAUGAUCUCUUCACCACCAGCUCGUGCUCCGGCCGCAUCUCGCUGCUCCUCGAACCGCACGACGCCGCCGCCGCUGCCGCCGCCGCUGCUGGUGCUGAGAGAGAAGGAGGAGGGGAAGGACUUGCAGCGGAUAGCGCAGGCGCGGCGAAGCGGGUGAAGAAAAAAGCGAGGGGCGGCGAGUGGUUUUUGGUCAGCCAUGACCCCAUCGACCCUGCCGACCUCGUUACAGCCGUCUUUAGUACAAGCACCGCGCGCACCGACACCGACGUCAGCAACAGCGCCAGCAGCAUUAGCACCCCUGCCACCCCCGCCAACCCCGCCAUCCGCGCCUCUCCGCGCGCUCUCCCCGGCGAGCUGGUGUUUCGCUUUGAGCCGCUCAUCCUCGCCCUCGAGUGCCGCUCCCUCACCGCCGCGCAGGCGCUUGUCUCCUGCGCCAUCCGCGCUGGCUUUAGGGAGUCAGGCAUCACCAGUGUGAGCCCAAAGCGCAUCAUCGCGGCCGUCCGUUGCUCCAUCCGCCUCGAGGCGCCGCUGACAGCUGGCGGCGUGCCGUUGGUGGGCGAGGCGUACGUGCGCCAGCUGGCGGCCGUGGCCAACGGCAAAAUGGCUCUCAACCGCGAACGCACCGAGCGGUUCCGAGCGCGCUUCAAGGAGGAGUGCAGCUGCUCCCUUCUGUCCCAUCCGCCACCCCAACCAUCCCAACCGGAACCCACACCACUCCACCCAGCACACAGCCCAGUCCCAACGCCCGAGCCAUCUCAUCCUAGAAAAGCAGCACGGCGCAGUUCAAAAGGCCAGCAAGAGGCGGCGAAUGGCCACGUGGCGCAGCAAAAAGACUGCCAGCUGUCGCCGCGCCAGCUGGCGCAGCGCCAGGUGGCGGUGCUGCGGAGAGUAGGGGAGGUGGAGAGGCGGGUGGUGGAGCUGCUGAAGGGGAGGGCGGUGGAGCAGGGGGAGUGCGCCUCACUGACAGUGUGUGAAGCUGCUUCCGCUGGGGUUCCUAUACCUGCCUCUUUUCUGGCUGCUGCUGCAGCAGAAACAGCAGAAGUGUCAGUGGAGGCGGCUGCAGGUGCAGGCAUGGCGCCAUUACCAUUGCAGGACGUGGCAGGUGGUUGCUGCAGCAGCGCAUGGGAUCUGCCCACAAAAUCACAAGAAUCAAAAAAAUUAGCUCAUGGACGCAAGGAACGGGACGGGCAGCUGCACGGGCAGGUGGUGAAGGUUCUGGGGCUGCCCGAGGGAAGUCUUUUGCGGUGGGGUCACUCAGCUGUGAUGGUUGCUGCUUCACGGGCAGUGGUUGGAACUGUAGGCGCAGAGGGGACAGCGGGAAAGGAAAUUGCAGGAGCAGGCGCAACAAAUGCAGCGUCAACAGUUGCAGGGACGUCAGAAGCAGAGAAAGCAAGAGGAGAGGCAGCAGGGACAGCAGUGGUGGUGUUUGGGGGGUUCGGGGGGAGUGGGGUGCACGGCAGGCGAGGCGAUGUGGUUGUGGUGAGGGUACGAGGGCGAGAGGAGGAGGGAGGGAGGAGAAGUGAAGGGGAGAGGGAGGGGGAGGUGGUGGUGGAAGGGAGUGUGGUGGAGACGAGAGGGAGCGGGCCGAGCCCUCGCAUGUGGCACUCUGCCACUGUGGUUAGAGUGGGACGAGGAAGGGGCGUGGUGAGAGGGAAGGGAGUACAGAGAAGGAGUGUGGCGGAGGUCAAGGGAGCUGAUAGCAGUGAGCCGAGAGAGAGGGGAGAGGAAGAGGAGGAGGAGGAGGGGGAGGAGGGAGAGGAGGAGGAGGAGGGGGAGGAGGGAGAGAAGGAGGAGGAGGGAGAACGGGAAGAGGAGAUGGUGGUGAUAGGAGGCAGACACGGUCCCACAGCUGCCCUUGCUGAUGUGUUCUCCCUCAAUCUGCGCACCAUGACGUGGCGCUGCGUGGCAGCACCAGAAGCACUGUCUGGAGAGGAUAAAGCAGCAACUGCUGUUUCGGCUACUGCCCCUGCUACAACCGUUGCAUCAGAAUCAACUGCUGCUACAGCUGCCUCAGAUGCCACAGCUGCUACAGCUGCUACAGGUGCCACAGGUGUACCCGUGGCAAGGUAUCGCCAUGCAGCAGCAGCACUGGGGUCAUCGGUCUUUGUCUUCGGAGGCACAUCCCAUCCCCACGCACCACCGCUCACCUCCCUUCAGGUCUUUUCCGCCCGGUCCUUUUCCUGGCUGCCCGACCCGGUUGUUUCCGGGCAGAUGCCUGCCCCUCGUCACUCCCACGCCAUGGCCACAGUCGGCAACCGGGUGUAUCUUUUUGGGGGGCGAGACACCCAGAGGGUAUUUUCCGACCUCUUCUUUUUUGAGGUUGUGGGCAGCGAUUCAGCUGUUGGGGAAUGUCCGGAAAUCGUUCUGGUGAACACCGCAUCCAAUGAGGUGUCUGGAAUCCCCGUCGCUCUCCCUCCUGGAGCUCUGCCCGUGCGCCACACUGCCAGUUUGGUGAGGGGAGGGUCAGUGGCAGGGAGGGCUGCUGUGGAGGGCUCUACUGUAGGGGACAGGCUGCUGGUGCUGGGGGGUGGUGCUGCGUGCUUUGCCUUCGGAUCGGCUCCUGUGGCACCCACAUUGACUAGAGACAGCCGGCUGCAGCUGCUGCUAGGGUCCUCGUCUUGGGUGGAGCACCGGGAGAAUGGCAUCACAUACACCUUCGAUGCAGGAAAGUGCAUGUUCUCAUCAGGGAACGGCACUGAGAAGCAGCGCAUGGCCGCACUCAAGCUUCAUGACCGGGAAGUGGUGGUAGAUCUUUUUGCUGGGAUCGGGUAUUUCACAAUCCCGCUGCUCGUGCAUGCCCGCGCCCGCCACGUGUUUGCCUGCGAGUGGAACCCACCGGCUGUCCAUGGCCUCCGGUCCAGUCUCGCAGCCAAUCAGGUUUCUCCAGAUCGCUACACUGUGCUGGAGGGGGAUAACAGGGUGGUUGCCCCAGUGGGGGUUGCUAAUCGGGUGCUGUUGGGCUUGAUCCCUUCGAGUGAGGCCAGCUGGAGGACUGCAAUUCGCUGCUUGAAGCCAAGGGAAGGGGGUGUUGCUCAUGUGCAUGGGAAUGUUGUUGACGUGGAGGAGCAGCAGUGGACUGACUAUGUAGUGGGGGAGUUUGAGAAGUUGGCAAGGGAGGAGGGGAGAAGCUGGGAAGUCAAGGCAGUGCAUUUGGAGAGGGUGAAAUGGUAUGCGCCACACAUUCGGCAUGUUGUUCUGGAUGUCUGCUGCAAGCCUAACUUGGUUGAUGGUGCUGAAUAG